GCCGCUUGAGGUAUUCUUUAUUGACGCGUAACCGUGCUUAUGUUGGCGAACGAAAACACAGAAAAAAAUUUAUAAACAAAUCCAAAUCAUCGAGUCUCCGAUUUCAAGAAUUCUUUGGGCUUCUGUCUUUUCUCCAACAAAAUCAUCCAUUUAUUCCAUCGCUUUGUCUUUGUGUCUCCGUUAUUUUGAGGUGUCGAGCAUCAUACUUUUCUUUCUUAAGGCCUUGAUCAGAAAGGGCAUUCACUCAUUCGGGAUUUCCUGAAGAGAGCGGGUGCCCAAUUGGCUCGCUUCUGCAUUUGCUUGCUGAAGGCCUUUUUUCAGUUCUAUUAAGUUUCCGAUCACCAUAAGUUUUGCUUCCACAAUCAGGAAAUAGAGACAAUUGGGAAUUGUCAAUGACACUUGAAAAGGUUUUUGAGGUACUAUCAUAGGUUGAAAGAGAUACAAUGGGUGCAGUUUGUUGCUGCUUGCGAGACGAAUGUGAAGAUUUUGCCAACCCAAACAGCUCAAUUUAUAGGAACUGUAUAUGCUUUCCAACUCUUAUUCAGAACUUCUUGCAUGUGUAUGCAUCACUUUUCCAUAGAGGAGAAAGACAUGUCAUUCCUUCAUCGGAUCAAGGUGCAGCAUCUUUGAGUUCUACAGCCACUCUUGAUGACUCACUAUCUGACAUGUACCGUUCUCCUCCGAGACCACUGCCAUAUGAUGCUGAUCCAAGAUAUUUCCGCUUGCAACAAGAUGGACAAGUCUCAAGAAGGGAGAAAGGCUCGAGCCGCUCACACGAGGAAACUGAACCACUACAAAGAAGUUUUAAUGACCCUGAAUCGUUAAGUGAUGUAAAUAAAUGGAGUCUGCCUACGUUUGAAGAAGGAUCAAAAGAAUACAAUAAGUCUUCUGUGGAAUUCUCAACUGCUAAAAUGACUUCUGGAGAUGCUCAUAGCUAUUAUUAUUCAGAAGAUGAAGAUGUCUGCCCAACAUGUCUUGAAGAAUAUACGGAGGAAAAUCCAAAAAUAAUAACAAAAUGCUCUCACCAUUUCCACCUGAGUUGUAUAUAUGAGUGGAUGGAAAGAAGUGACAGCUGUCCAGUUUGUGGCAAGGUGAUGGCAUUUGACGAAACAACCUAAUCUCUGCUUCAAGAAGUUGCAGUCGCGGAGGGGUGAAACCAGCAGUAGUAAGGGAUUAUAAAACCAGAACAGAUAAAUUUAAAGUCUGUAUACCAUUUUGCCAAAUUCAUAUAUGUUAUCAUGUACAGUAAAAUAUAAAAUAAGUACUAAUUCUUGAAACAUAUCCCUGAUUAAUGCUUGAGUUUCCAUGUUGUUAUAUGGUUUUCACUUUAA